AAACGGCGCGGUUUUAAAAGACCCAUCACCUGUUGCUGGCGAGCUAGUCCUCCUUUUCCUCUUGGUGUGCCUGCUUCUCUCGGUUCACCCUCCAUCCCCCAGCACUUACCACGUACUCGACCAAGGAGGUACAUAAAUACUUUCAAGAACGCACACGAGUGGGCCUGUCGAUUUAUCCAUAACAAAUCAUCCAACACAAUAACCGAUUAGGUGAGCACACAUAUUCGUGCUAUACUUUCUCUAAGAUCUUGAUUCGCCGCUGGUGAUGUUUUGGUAGAAUCUCGCAUGGCAAAAAACAACUUUUUUCUUCCUUCCCUUUCCUUUCGCGUCCACUCUUGUUGCUUUAUUUGCUGCUCAGCCCUAGUUUUUAAAGCUACGAGCAAAGAGAAAAGAAACCUUCUCAACCGGCUUGCUUUCGACGGUCCAGCUGAUUCCUGAGGAAAUAGGUUACUUAAGUUAACGGAUCGCUGCCUUGCGCUCUCUCCCUCUCUUAGUAGCUGUUCGGAUUCACUUUUAUUAACACCGUCUUAGCGGUGCCCGUUCUUCUUCUGCUCUCUCGUCUGUCGUCAUAGCAAUCAUUUAUAACAGAGAUAUUUAGUCAGUGUGACCAUAAGCAUCUCGCAUGUCUGUGCUUUGAUCUCAACUGAGAAUUAAACGCUGCCUCCUACAUAGUAUAGCACAGCUUGUAUAUUUUCAAUUCUGGGUGUAUUUUCAAUAUCUCAGGAUUCAUUCCUUACUCGACAGGACAUUAAAAAGGAGAAGAAUGGUACCGAUGUUCCUGAUAUUCUGGGCCCUGGUGGCCAUAGCAUCUGUCCGGGCUCAAGAUGGACCUGUGUACCCGGAUGGCUCCAUCCGACUCGUGGGGGGACGGAACCCUACUGAAGGCAACGUAGAAGUGUUUUACAGAGGACGCUGGGGGUCUAUCUGCGACGACGAAUGGGACAUCCGGGAAGCAUAUAUCGUCUGCAAAAUGCUUGGAUACAAUAGGGCCGUGAGGGCCACUUUCAACUCCCAGUUUGGGCGUGGAAGGGAUCUCAUCUGGAUGGAUAAUAUGUUCUGUACGGGUAGAGAGUUCAGGCUGGACCGAUGUAGGUUUGAUGGCUGGGGUGUCCAUGACUGCAAUCAUGCUGAAGCUGCUGGUGUCGUCUGCGAUGGACAAAGAGCCAGGGCAAUAUCUCAAGCCUCAUCUCCUGAAUCUUCACCAAAUGCUUUACCAGUAGCAAAGACAGCAAUCAGACUUGUAACCGAGAAAGAUCUGACUGUCAGAGUAGUAGGUGGCAGAACAACGACAGAAGGACGCGUGGAAGUGCGCAUGCCCCAAGGAUGGGGACUCCUAUGCGGAGAUGGUUGGGGCAUACAAGAAGCUAACGUUGUUUGCAAUAUGCUACAACUAGGUCAUGCCAAAUCAGCAGUACAGAGCGGAGCUUAUGGUGGUCAUCACAACAAUAUGAUACUGAGUGGUGUCAAAUGCAAAGGAAGCGAGCACAACAUUGCUGAUUGCUUACAUGACAGGGUUGGUCGCGUCUUUUGUCCGGGAGAAGAAAAUAUAGCAGGCGUAGUAUGUUCAGCAAGUUUACCAGACUUAGUAGUUGAUGAAAAAGAAAUCGAAAGAACCUCAUAUAUCGACAACAUAGCUAUGUCUAAUCUGCAAUGUGCCUUGGAAGAAAAUUGCUUGUCCUCCAGUGCUUACGACAGAACGCGUCCAGGUUGGCAGUUCUUGCAAAGAAGAGUUUUGCGUUUUACAGCCAGAAUGGACUUUGGAACUACCGAUUUCAGACCCUUUUUACCUAAGCAAGCUUGGCAGUGGCAUGCCUGUCAUUUGCAUUACCACAGUAUGGAAGUAUUUGCACACUUCGAUCUCAUCGAUUCUCGCGGAAACAAGGUAGCCGAAGGACACAAGGCUAGUUUCUGUUUAGAGGACAAUGAAUGCCACACCAAUAUUCCUAAAAAAUAUGCUUGUGCCAAUUAUGGAGACCAAGGUAUAUCUGUAGGUUGCGUCGAUACGUACCAUCACAACAUUGAUUGUCAGUGGGUGGAUAUUACAGAUAUUCGACCUGGAACAUACUAUUUCAAGGUAUCAGUAAAUCCUGAACUGAAGGUUGCUGAACUUUCUUAUGACAACAAUGCCGCUACUUGCAUCGUCCAUUUUGAUUACGUAUCCGCACAAGUCUACAACUGCACUCUAGGAAGACCAUGAGAACCGGAAGCGUCCAGGAUUAGCGUCAAGUUCCCAUCCAGGUGCAAAAUGUUGCACUUGGAUGGGGUUCGAAGACAGAGCUGUGACUGUGACUGAAAACGUGAAAGAACACUUAAAAAUGCUGGCAAAACUCGCGUUGUUAUCACAGCUCUGGAACAUCAGCAUGAGUACAAAGGACUGCAGUACUUUUAAGUGCGAACUGUUUUUCUGAACUGAAUCAGCUUCGACAAAUUGGUGACUUGCUUAAUGCUUGAAGAAACAUAAAGUGAUAUAUCAUGUGUCAAACUUAAACAGUGGUGAUCAUCAGGUUUUUUCUUCCUCUUUUCUCUUCUAAACUUUUUCGUUUUGUGUAAAGUUCCGAUAGUGUUCUAAUUUAUGCGCCUACAUGGUGUGAAGUAUGGAUGUAACAUUUAAGACUGAAUCGUUUUUGCUGUUAUUUAUGUACGAAAAGCGAAAUGUGAUUAGGAAAAGAAAGAAAACUGUUGCUUAGUUUGAGAUUGAGCUUGACAAAAUGUGUGUUAUUUAUGUGAUAUUGUAUCACCCAUAUACUUUUAUCCUAAAGCUUGAAAAAACAGUUUUAAGCUUUCUGAAAUAGCCAACAAUAUGUUACUAAAGAGAAUAUUAUGAAUCACGUAUAAAAUUUUAAACAGUUUAAAGGAAAGAGAGCUGUUUCUGUCAUUAAAGUAAUCUGUUCUAUUUGCCUUUAUGGAAGUAGAACAUUUAAUGUAAAAUAUAAAUGUUAUAAAUAACUUUAGAAUAUAGUGCCAUUUUCCAAUAUUGCUCCUAACAGUAUUUGUGCUUAAAUCUAAUUUUAAGUAAUUGCUUUAUAUCACAUUACUAUAAAGCAGAUUUAUUACAGAAGUCGAAUUCAAUGCAUACAUUUUUUUUUUUUUUUUUUACUCUCUCUGGGAAACUAACAAGUAUUCGAAAAAUGGAUAUAUUUUAGAAGCACUUAUUUAGAGAAUGCGAAAGUACUUCAUUUAUUGGCGUUUAAAAUAAUAAAAGUGUUAUAUUAAAUCUGAUUACAAAUCAAAACAAUUAUUAUGUUUUGAAAACUUAAGUGCAUUAGAUUCAAAUUAAUUGAUGAGAUUUUUCUUCACAUAAUGUGAUUUGAAAUUGAAUGGAUAAGAUUUGGCUUCAAAUAAUGUGGUUUGACUUCGUAAAACCACAUUUAAUGACACAUCGAAAUUCAUGUUUAAUUAAAAAUACUCAUUUACAUCCUAAUGAAAUUCCUGUACGAUGCGAAAAUAAAAAUUAUUGACAAAUAGCAAUGAUAUUAUUUACGUAUUUUGAUAACUAUUUGCAUCAUAAUACAGAGCUUAGGAAUUAUUCAUAAGAUAUUGACAGAUGCUCUAUGGCAAAAACAACCUGCGAAAUUAUUUCAGAUGACUAUAUUUGUGGAAAAUAUUAUUGCUACUGAAUACAAUUAAUAAUACUCUUGUUGAAUUUUAUUCAAAAAUAAUGAAAUUAACAUUGCCUAUAUUCUUUCAUUGUUUCAAAAAUGAUCAAUUAAAGAAACUGGAAUUUAGGAGAAGCAAUAUUUUAAUAUAGCUUACAUUCCUAAAAAAAAAAAAUGCUUGUUAGAAAUAAAAUUAUGAAGAGAACUUGAGUACUGUAAAAUCGAAAGAACAGUCUUCCUUUAGUGUACUUUUGCUGUGGUUGAUCUCACAAUCCGUCCUUUGGACAUUACUUGCAUACUACUUAAACUCUUCACAACGGUUAGUUGAUCACAAUCAUCAGCUAUCCUCGGUGAAUUGUAUAAUUCAGUGUAGUUAUGCUGCCAUUUUUGCCAAAGACAUCGAAUUCUAUGUACGACCGAGUGAAUGUCAUUCUCAUAUACACUGCUAUAAUCCAAUUAUUCACUAAACUAACGAAGAAAGAAUGGUUCUCACAGAAGAUGCAAUCUUGGAAUGCUGAUUUAAAAAUGGCAAAGUAUGUUUACUUUGAUAAAGGCUUGAUAAUCCUAUGAUCAUCAUUGAAACGUUUUACAACUCUAAUUAGAAUAAAAUUCUAUCUCAAUUCUUUAUUAUAAAAGAUAAGUAUUUUAGAAUAUAUUAAGGUAAUUUCUUUAAAAGUUCAAGCAUAAGGAAUUUAUAAUAUAAUAAUUGAUUGAUAAAUAAAUUUUUCUUAUUCAGUAAUGUCUUUGAAUAUUCCUUCAUUGAAACAAACAACACACCUUUUAAAACACAGGUUUCAAUCUGUAAUAUGUAUGCUGUAAUUUGUGAAGUGAAAUUCUUAGAGCAUAUGGCUUAUUUCAAGCAUUUUUAUUAAAGUAAAAAAAUCAAGUACACAAAUGAACCGACCUUUAUUAAAAAAAACGUACACAGGUAAUUUCAGAGUUCGAUAGAAAUACAGAUCGAAACAAAGCAGCCCUUUCUAUUCAAUGUAGUUGCAUAAAAUUUUGAAAAAUGAAUUACAUGAUUAAUUCGACACUUUAUAUUUCUUUCAAUUACAUCUUUCAGAUUUGUAAGACCAUACCUUUAUUUUCAUGUUUUAACCCUUCACAAUUUUCUUUGAUACUAAUAAUUGUUUAUAAUAAAAAAUGAACAAAGUUCGAGAAAAUUUUAUCAAAUGUUUUGAAAAUGCUUUGUUUGAUAAACUGCUAAGAUUAAUUAAAUAUACAUUUAAAAUAUUCUUUUCAUGGCUUAAUAACGUUUUAACCAAUAUAUCAUCUUUUUUUAUACUCUCGUUGAAUUGGUAUUAUUUUUGAACGAUAAUUAAAACCGAUUAAUAAUGGGAUAUACCUGCAAUCAAUUGAAAAUAGUCAAAUCAUUGUAAUCAAUUGAAAAUACCUGUUAUUUUAUUAUUGUUGAUAACACCAUGGUAAGCUGUGGAAACAGCCAGAGAGCAGUGUGAAGAACUUCUAUCUUUGUCUCAAGAAGUUUUACCAAUACGAUGUACAGAUGGAAUUUCUGUUGCUGAUAAUAAAAUCUGCCACAAAAGUUA